AUGAGGAAGAGUCAGCAGUCUACGAUACUCCGUUUACUGGUGCUGAUCUUCCUAGCUACAUGUGUUUCUGCACUUCCCAAAGGAGGAGGAGGAAGCGCUAGAGGAGGCGGUGGAAGUAGUUCUGGCGGUGGGUCCACUAGCGGAGGUGGAGGAGGGUCGUCUUCUGGAGGAUCAACAUCUGCUGGUUCAGGAGGAUCUUCGUACCCAUACUAUUAUCCCGUUGGUUGCUUUGGCUGCUAUAACGGUGUUGGAGGAUCAUCCUAUUUGGGAGGAAUAGCAUGGUACUUUUGGUUCCUCAUCAUCCUUGUAAUCGCAAUCGCCAUAUGCUGCUGUAUCACCCGUCGCAAACCUGUAUGGAAUCGCCCGCAAAGACCAGCUUUCAACACAUCUGGGUUUGUUGGAAAGACACGGAUAGCGUCUAUGUUUGGUGCUAGUGGGAGAACAGUGUAUGGGAAUAAGCCGUCGUGGCAAAUGGAUGUGCCUGAGGCGCCGCCAGGAUCGUUCUAUGCGUCCUUCAACAAUACUACGGAAGCUGCCUUCUUGGCUGGUGUAAGGUUUGAGAAAGACCAUCCGCCACCACCUUCUGGACCGGUACCGAAUCAUACAAUAGUUGAACUAAAACGCGUUGGAAUGCGUGACGCUUGGCAAUUCAUGCCUGAAGCCGGAUCUGGUAUAAACGUAAACUUGUCCAGAAUAACCUUCAACGUACAAGGAGAUCGGUCUGUAUUAUCACGACUGCCGCUGUAUUACAGGCCAAAAGGAGAAGAAGUACCAUUUUAUUACUAUGAAGUCACAAUCGCAGAACUUCAGUAUGCUCCCACCACCACCGUGGUCUCAGUUGGGCUCGCCACGUCAUUGUAUCCGAGUUUCAGACUCGUGGGGUGGAAUAAGCAUUCAGUUGGUUAUCACUCUGAUGAUGGACGUCGAUUCGUGGAUGAUCCAUAUGGUGGCAAAGACUUCGGUCCACCAUUCACGAAAGGCGAUACAAUAGGCUGUGGAUAUGAUCACUCUCGUAUGACCAUCUUCUUCACCAAGAAUGGAGAAAUGAUUGGAGAUUGUGUUGGGAACGUACUUUACCCUUACCAUAUGGCGCUUGGAGCAGAUGGCCCUUGUGUCUUGGAUGUAAACUUUGAAGGUCCAUUCAAGUUUGCACCUGCAAAUGGAACUAGUGGUGAGGAUGUGAUAGUACCUACUGCACCACCACAAUAUGAUGGCGUGGAUAGUUCGCUGGUUUAG